AUGAGUUCCAACACGCCGACUUCCGCUGAGCAACAUGGCGGCACUGCCAAAGAGCAACAAGGCGACAAUGCAAAUGGUGACUCCCUUCCAGCGCAUGACGAGGCUUGGAUUUCGGCCCUGGUUGACCGGCUGGUCCCUCAAUUUCAAGCUCAGAGAACGGCUACCGCUGAUGAAUCAGCUAUGCAGACCGAUCGGCAAGGCAGAAACCUCAGGAUCUCCUGGAGAAGAACCUCCUCAAGCACCGUCUUCGGCGUCAUCAUCAACACCAUCUCCCACACGGCUACGAAAUCUCGCAAACGCGCUCCUCGUGAACGACGCAAGCCAGGGUCCGGCAAAGCGGUCGACCUCCUUGCCAAAACACCCAACAACCUAUCAGACCAUCCAGACCCCGGGAAUUCCAAAGAUCUUGCUCCGAAACUUCUGACCCCCACCACCUCAACAGGCGACUCAUCUGCAUCUGGCGUGGCAGAGCAGCUAGCCAUGAAAGCGUGCACCCAGACGAGCGCGCCACUGCCGGUUCCCAACAUCAGUGCAACACCACGCACUCAGUCAACUGCCGGCGCCAUUGCCAUCAGGGCCUGGUCUCCUCUGCCGUCACCUAGGCCAAACCUCUCUAGCUGGGAUACCUCUUCGGGCAUUGGACGCCUGACAGCGCCUGAUCAAACAGCUGAACCUGCACCUUGGCCAGCUCAUGACAAUCAACCCGAGCAACCUAAAUCUCCGCCUCUGUUCAACCGCGAGAGUUGUGAAGGUAGUCCUCUCCCCCCAGAGCAACCAGCGCAAUCGAGAACCUCAACCACAGAGGCUAACAAUGGGUGCAUCACCGGUCCAACUCCCAUCGCCUCUUGA